GUCAUCUCCACCUCUCGAGAGUCGGGACCAAGUAGAACGGAACGAAGGGUUUGCAACUUGGAACAAGCGGAACAGCUCCGCUAGGGUUUUCUUCUCUAUUUGCAUCUGCGAUUUCCUCAUCUCGCUCGCUUCCCGUGAGCUUCAGGUGGCUGCUGUCUUCUGGGCAGAUGUGUGUUUGUGUUGUUGAUUUGUAGAUGUUUUGGGCUCUGGGAUCUUCAGUUGCAGGUUUGUUUAACGGUUCGUUUUUUCUUGUGUUGCAGAUUUCAUUGACGCAAUGUCUCGCGUUUACAUUGGUAAUUUGGACCCGCGGGUUAGUGAGCGUGAACUUGAGGACGAGUUCCGGAAAUUUGGCGUGAUCAGAAGUGUUUGGGUUGCCCGGCGUCCUCCAGGUUAUGCCUUUAUUGAAUUUGAUGACAAAAGGGAUGCUCAGGAUGCUAUUCAUGAGCUUGAUGGUAAAAAUGGAUGGAGAGUUGAGAUGUCUCACAACUCGAGAGGAGGUGGUGGUAGAGGUGGAGGUGAAGGUGGUAGAGGUGGAGGUGGUCGGUUUGGAGGUUCGGAUUUGAAGUGUUAUGAGUGUGGAGAGCCUGGUCAUUUUGCACGCGAAUGCCGCUCACGUGGUGGUUCAGGAAGAAGACGAAGCCCCAGUCCGAGAUACAGAAGGAGUCCCGUUUAUGGCCGAAGGUUAUGGAGUUACAGUCCUCGUGGUGGAAGAUCUCCCAGACGCCGGAGUGUUUCGCCCCGCCAACGCAGCUUCAGCAGGUCACCACCACCAUACCGUGGGCGUGAAGAGGCACCAGCCUAUGCCAAUGGCAAUGGUCUGAGGGACAGGCGCCGGAGCAGGAGUUAGAUAUCUUAAUAUCAAUAUCACAGCUUCUUUGAAGCUUGUUGGGUUAGACGUGUUUAUUGUGUUUGCGCUUCACUACUACUGUGUUGGGGCUCUGCUUCUGAGAAUUGGAUAAGUUUCCUUCCAACUUAUGUGUAUGUUAAACUCGUUUUAUUUGUUGAGCUGGAUUGUUCCUACUAGUUGUGCUAAAGACUUAUGGUUUUCCUUUCUGUUGAGGUUUCAUCUGCGCCUGCUUCAAAUCUUCGGUUGGUUUUGUGCUUCUUCAAUACCGGUUUCAUUCUCUGCUGCCCAUCUUCCGUUGGUUUUGUGCUUCUUCACUUCCAGUUUCAUUCUCUGCUGCCCCUGCAUUUGCGACCUUCAAUUUUGAUUCGGUGGGGUCCCUACUGCAUAUCUAGAUGCUUCUGCUUGAUUGAACUCUCCUGGCCAUGGUCUAGUUCUGUUUGAUUGAAAUCUCCUGCUUACGAUGCUCCGCCCUCAAAUUCUAUCGGCAUUUCAUGUGUUUAACGUAAAAGUGGGCCUCCUUCAAACUCUUCUGGCAGUCCAAGUGCUGACAGUUCCAAGUUUGUCCUGCGUGUUGAAGUGGCUCUUCACUCAUCAUGUGCUGGGGACUUUGAACUGCAUCAUCUAAAGGAACGAAUUCCUCUGGGAAUCUACUGUAUCCUUUGCUGAGUGGAGAGGCUAUUUUCCUUAAAGUGGCUCAGCUAUCCAAGCCUCACUGGAGCCUUGGUUUGUUCAUAUCUAAAGGAACAAAAUUCAACUGAGAAUCUACUGUGCCCUUGUCUGAUUCGAGAGGCUAUUUUUCUUCAAAGGGCUCAGCAAUCCAUGCCUCGUUGCAGCCUUGCUUGGUUCUUGGUUUUAUAGCCUCUGUUUCAUUCGAAAAAGGAUACAGAUACUCCACCCGUUGCAGGUAAAUCGUUUGUGGGGUUGUGGUACUCGGUUUUAUCUACGUAGUUAAUGUCAUCUCGUCUGCCGACAGUAGUGCUGUGCGGGGAAGAUGAUGAUGCUAUGCACCUUAGUCUUUAGGUGGAGUUCUCGUCUCUGAAAGCUGAUGAUUGAGCGGUGGUUAACUUUGUGCUAUUUGGUGUAUGUCUUGAUCUGAUUGUAGUGUAUGAAUUUCCGGAUUGUAAGAUGUCGCUUCCCUUUUGCCGAGGUUUCUGCAGAUAUGUAGAUUAAGACGGUUUGAUUAAUGUGUCAGCAGUUGAUGCACUUAUUUGGUUUCACCUUGUGCACUUUCUUUACCUAAACUUUCUGCUUCACCUCAUUCAUAUUGCACCCAUUGUCUACGG